UACAGUAAAUUUCCUACCUUUCAGCUCAGGCUAAUAAAUGAGACGGAACACACGAGACGCGGGAACGACGCCGAACUGACCCACAGCUCCCGCCAACGCGCACAGCGCUGCCCGCGCUUCGGCGAAAUCUUCGCUGCUGCACCGCAUCGUCUUCCUCGCCGUGCUUCUGUCGCACCGUUCGUCAGGCCUUUGGCCGCGUCGCGUCGCCGCGCGCCGUCCGGUGCCCGGCCGCGCUGCCCUCCGCACCUCCCGGGGCAGGUGGAGGCUGCGCCGGCCGGGAGAACAGGAGACCCGCCCCGGCCAUGGAGGAGCUCUCUCGCGUCAUGCCAUAUCUAGUUAUUUAGGUUACAGAACUAGUUUAUGUGUGGGUCAGAGAACAAAUUUGUGCAAUUGUGAUUACUGUACAAGGCCAUGGCAGAAUUAAACAAGGAGGAUCCUCAAAUUGGCUUAAGGUUCAAAAGUGCAGAUGAGGCUUGGCAGUUUUGGUUGGCAUAUGGGGGUCGCACAGGCUUUGAUGUGAGAAAAAGAUACACAAAUGUAAGCACCUUUGAUGGUAAGGUGACCUCAUGCAGAUUUGUCUGUUCCAACGAGGGCCUUAGAAGAAAAGGGCAAACAAAUCAUACGACCAAAUGCUUUAGAGCUGAAACAAGGACUGAUUGCAAAGCUCGAAUGAGCCUUAUAUUGGACCGAGUUGCAGGAAAUUAUGAAGUCACUGAUGUUGUGCUUGAACACAAUCACCUUCUUCACUUGCCAGAAACUCGGCACUUGAUGGCAUCACAAAGAAAAAUUUCAGAGCUGCAAGCUUUUGAAAUAGAGACUGCAGAUGACUCUGGAAUUAGACCAAAAGCUGCACAUGAGUUGGCUAGUCGUCAAGUUGGUGGACCACUUAACCUUAGCUACACUUGCCGUGAUCGUAAAAAUUAUUUACAAAGCAAACGGCAGCGGGAUUUGGCUUUUGGACAGGCUGGAAGUAUGUUGAAGUAUUUUCAUGACAAAAUUGUUGAAAAUCCAUCAUUCCAAUAUGCUUUGCAGUUAGAUUGUGAGGGGCAUAUAACCAACAUAUUUUGGGCUGAUGCUAAGAUGAUUCUUGACUAUGCACACUUUGGUGAUGUGGUUACGUUUGACACUACUUUUGGCACCAACAAAGAGUAUAGGCCUUUUGGUGUUUUUCUUGGCCUUAGAGAAACCACUGUUUUUGGUGCUGCACUUCUAUUUGAUGAAACAGAGGACUCAUUUAUAUGGCUCUUUCAGACUUUCUUAGCUGCACAUAAUAGAAAGCAACCUAGAACUAUCUAUACAGAUCAAGAUGUGGCAAUGGGAAAGGCUAUAUAUAAAGUCUUUACUGAAGCAUAUCAUGGCUAUAUAUAAAGUCUUUACUGAAGCAUAUCUGAUCUUAGUCUUUUGUGGCCAAAUUGUAGAAGUGAAAUGGCCCAACUAUAGUCUUUUGUGGUCUCGUUAUAGUCUUAUGUGACCUACUGUAUUACUGAAUGUGGCAUGUAUUUGUGUUUUGAACCUAGAACUCCCAAACUGGAAAAUUCUAAUUUCUACUGAUAAUUAUAAUA